AUGGCUGCCUCCGACGGCGCUUCCUCGAUCAGCGUUACAGUCAGAGUACGACCAUUUACUAUCAGAGAGGCAGCCCAGAUCACACGAUGUGACGAGGGUCCGCUGUUCCUAGGCGAUGGUUCCCUCGCGGGUGCGCCGACGCCGAAGCUUAACCAGAAGGGUAUACGAUCCAUCGUUAAAGUGAUUGACGACCGUUGCUUGGUGUUUGACCCCCCAGAGGACAAUCCCGUCCAAAAGUUCUCUAGGAGCGUGGUGCCAAAUGGUAAGCGUGUCAAGGACCAAACAUUCGCCUUCGAUCGCAUCUUCGACCAAAAUGCCUCCCAGGGAGAGGUAUACGAAUCUACAACACGCAGCCUGCUCGACAACGUGCUCGAUGGAUACAAUGCGACAGUAUUUGCGUACGGAGCUACUGGAUGUGGAAAGACCCAUACAAUCACCGGGACUGCCCAACAGCCCGGUAUCAUCUUUCUCACUAUGCAGGAGCUUUUUGAGCGGAUUGACGAACGGGCAGACGAAAAAUCGACCGAAAUUUCUCUUUCCUACCUCGAAAUCUAUAAUGAAACCAUUCGUGACUUGCUUGUCCCUUGUGGUAGCAGUGGAAAGGGUGGACUGAUGCUGCGGGAGGAUUCCAACCAGUCGGUCUCAGUUGCUGGGCUGUCAAGCUACCACCCGCACAAUGUGGGAGAGGUAAUGGACAUGAUCAUGCAAGGCAACGAGCGUCGCACCAUGUCUCCUACGGCAGCAAAUGCUACUUCAUCAAGAUCGCAUGCCGUCCUUCAAAUCAACAUCGCCCAAAAAGACCGAAAUGCCGACGUCAAUGAGCCUCACACUAUGGCCACUUUCAGUAUCAUCGAUUUAGCGGGAAGUGAGCGUGCCAGCGCGACACAGAACAGGGGAGAACGUUUGUUCGAAGGCGCCAAUAUCAACAAGUCUCUGUUGUCCCUGGGAAGUUGCAUCAAUGCACUUUGCGACCCUCGAAAGCGUAACCACAUCCCCUAUCGUAACUCAAAGCUCACUCGAUUACUUAAGUUUGCUCUUGGUGGCAAUUGCAAGACAGUGAUGAUUGUCUGUGUCAGCCCCUCAAGCCAGCACUUUGACGAGACCCAAAAUACACUUCGAUAUGCGAAUCGAGCGAAGAACAUCCAGACUAAGGUCACACGAAAUGUGUUCAACGUUAACCGACACGUGAAGGACUUUUUGGUCAAGAUCGACGAGCAAAUGAAUUUGAUCAAUGAGCUCAAAGCACAGGCAAAAGACUACGAAAAGGCAGCCUUCACUAAGUUCCGCAAGCAAGGUGAGAAGAAAGACGCUGUCUUGCGCGAGGGCGUUUCCCGGAUUCGCAAUGCCUACGAACAUACGUUACCCGAAAGACAAGAGAAGACGAACAACAUGCUGAAACUAAGGCAAAUCGGCCGCAGAAUUGGCAUUUUAUCGUCCUGGAUUGCGGCCUUUGAUAAUGUUUGCGCCGCGCAUGAAACUGAGGAGGGCUUAUCGAACCUAUAUGCUGUCCGCAAAUCUGCACAGGGAAUCCUUCUUGAACUGGAAGGUAGCAGACAUCAUUACAACCAGAAAUUAGCAAAGAGCACUUGGGACCGAGCGGUGAACUCGGCGGUGGAGAACGCGGCAAAGCAGCUUCAAGAGUUUGACAUUACCGAUAACAGCGACUAUGCCAAUUUGAACCGAGAAGCAGAUCUUCUUCGGUCCAAUGCAGAGCGCGAAGCAUUGACCGCUGUGCUAGAACAGGACAAGGCUGGAGAAGCUGCUGCCGUGCAGCUUCUGUUGCAAGCACAGUUUGAGAUGAUGAACUCCAUCGAGGAUAUCAUGCAGCUAAACGCCAACGAGGCUCUCAAAAAGGGGCGGACUAUCCUUACAAAGAUGUUAGAGGAUUGUUCAGAUGCAGCAACCAACCUUGUCAAACCAGACGGUACCAUGCCGUCUGUCCCGAACCUCAGCUCUGCUAGGCCUGCAAGCCCCACAAAAACAAAGAAGCGCUUCAGCUUGGUGAGCUUGCCACAAGUAUCGAGCGCCAAUCCUCCAACCACACUCACCCCUGAUGCUCCUGCUUCACCAACUAAAGGAUCUCCACGUCGCCGUAGAGGCACUGCCGGCCGGAAGAGUGUCAGUUUUUCGCCAAAGAAAGUCCAGAUGAAAAUUCCCAAGCGAUCCGUCCGAUGGAAGGACGAUGAGGAAGACGGCACUUUGACCGAGUUCCAAAAGACCCCUAAGAAGGUCGACUCUGCAGAUGAAACUAGCUUUGAAAAGUCAUGGUUGCCACCUCGAUCGGGAUCUCCCAUUCCACGAAAUAUUCCGAGGGUUAUCAGCCCGGCCGGUUCUAUUUCACCUACACCUGAUGAAUCCACUGGGUCUACCUUGAACAUUCAAAAGAACAGCAGUCGCUUUAAGGCAGGAUUCUUGGCCAAGAGAAAUGGCAGCUCACCAUUGGCACCACCCCCGUCAUCCAGCCUUCCUCUUUCAAAAAGAGAUAGCUCUCCCCUCCGUGAUAUUGAAGGAAGCAGCUUUAUGAACCGCCCCUCGACGGAUCGUCCGUCGCGGAUUGCAGUUCGUAGUCCCAGCGGCAACUUCUCCAGCAGUCCGGUAUCUGAAAACAGGGUCAACUGGAAGUCGGACAAGGAAGAUGCAAUUAAGAUCAAUUCAGCCAUGCGACGUAUGUCUAAUGGACGGAUUCCUAGUGGACUGUUUAACCCAUCCUCCAAUACUCUGCGUGUUCACCGCCGUCGCAGCCCGACUUCUACUACCUAUGGGACUCCGCCCGCAGACAACCACAUGUUCACUGCAUCACAAGCGCGGCGCAUGGUCAAAAGCGAGAAAGAACACGAUGUCAAGCCUCGGGUCUUGAGUCCUCACACUCUCCCAGUUAUGAAGAACACGGGCCGCCGCACAACAUUGGGUGGAGACGGCCGACCUCGAAAUAUCAGCCUUUCCAGCAGAGAGGCCAUCCGUCUCAGUGCGAUGGCAGCACCCCCUGCUGCCGACCAUAACUCGCAAGCGUGGUAG